AUGGAAGAUCACAAUGAAAUCCUUUUUUGGAAAGUAUUCAAAAAUAAAUUUCUAUUUCUUUAUAUUUUGGAUGAUUUAAAAACAACGCAAUGGGUCGAUUAUAGAUAUCAUACACCCGUUAAAGAGAAUAUUUAUUUAAAUAAUAAUAAUAAUAAUUAUUAUAAUGAAUUUGAUGACGAUAAUAUCAAUGAUAUCGAAUCUUUCAAUAAGAAAUAUUUAUAUACAAUCAACUAUUUUUUAGAAAAGAAAAAUGGUUUACAAGAAUUUAAAUUAGAAUUAGAGAAAAACAAACUUGAACGCACUAAAAUCGAUAGAAUUGGCAUUGGUAAAUUUUUAAAUAAAAUGAUAUCUGUGUUUGAUAAUCUUAGUGUUAAUACAGUAGAAGAGUGUAUUAUGUUUAAAGAAAUUUUACAAACUAUUAGUACAUUAAAGAGAAACAAGUUAAUAGAGUUUGAUUUAUUAUCAAUUGUAUUUAAUAAUAGAAUCAACCCUCAACCAAAUUUAGAGAUUCUUAAUAUUUUAAUAAAUGAACCAUUCUCAUUUAUUAUGUCCGAUUCAUUAUUAUUGAAAGUUUUCGAAAAUUUAAAUAAUACUCAUCACCCAACCAUUAAUAGCUAUAAACCACAAUUCUCAUUGUUAGCUCUCCUUUCUGCAUAUAAUUAUCUUCAAAAACAAUAUCAACCACAACAACAACAGCAUCAUCAUCAUAAUCUACUACCACUAGAACAACAAGAACUACAAUUUCAACAACAACAAAAAAUGCCACAACAAAAACAACAACAAGAACAAGAACAAUUAAUACAACAACUACAAGAACAACAAAUACAAAAUCAACAACCAUUUCUACAGGAGGAGCAACUACAAAUAGUACUUCAACAAAUACAACAACAAGAACAAGAUAAUCAACAAGAAAAUCAAUAUCAACAACAAAAAAUAGUAUUAGAAAAACAAAUAGAAUUUUUAAUUAAACAAAUGAGAUCUUAUACCAUUAUAUCGAUUCCAUCACCUUUACAUUUUUUAAUGAAAAAUAAGGAUUUAUCGAUGAUUUCAAUUGAAAUAAAGAAAGAAUUAAUUAGAUUAGCCUAUGAAAAGAUUGAAAGUUGUCAAGAAUUAUUUGAAUUAAUUUCAAAUAAUUCUACUAUAUUUGAUUUAUCAACUUUUUCACCAGAUAAUAAAUUAGAACUAUAUUCACUAUUAAAAUUAAAAUCAAUAAAAUCAAAAAGUACUCUUAUCUCUUUGAAACUAUUUAAAGAGUAUCAAAAGAAAUCUCAAAUCACUGAUCAAUCAACUAAUCAAUCAAUUGAUAUAGUUGAAAAUAUAAUUAAUGAUAAUAAUAAUAACAACAAUCUCAACAACAACAACAACAACAACAACAACAACAACAACAACAACAACAACAACAACAACAACAACAACAACAACAACAACAAUUGUUUUAUUGAUAAUGAAGAAAAUAAAAUAAAAGAAAUUCAUAAACAAUUGGCAAAACAAGAUUUCAAUAAAUUUUAUCAAAAUUAUUUAGAUCAAUAUAAAGAACCAAUUAAAGAAUUAUCAAAUAAUCCACAAAUUUUAAUGUUACUUAAUUGGAUGUUAUUAUCAUUUAAUACAAAUUCAUUCAAAUCAUUAGUAUCAUUAUAUAAUAAUGGCGAUAAUAAUGAAAAUAAUAAUAAUAUUGAUAUUGAUUAUAAAAGUAUUAAUGAUUUAAUUAAGAAUCAAUUAUUAUUUAAAAAAUUAGAAUUAAGAUAUAAAACAUUUAAAUGGGAUACAAGUUUCAAUGAAUUUUAUGAAUUUGUUGAAUUUUAUAUAUCAUUGGAUGAAAGAUACUUUUCAAACAAAGAUUUAGAUUAUACAAUAAAGAGCUUUAUAUUUUCAAAUGUAAAAGAUUCAGAGAGUUAUGAAAAAUUAAUCAAUCUUUUAAAAUCAACCAAUCGUUGGGAUAAUAGAUUCAAACAUAUAUUGCCAAAUAAAUGGAAUCAUCUAUUAAAUUUAAAAUCAUUUCAAAUCUUAAUAAAAGAUAAAGAAACUAUUGAUUGGUUUUUUGAUAAUAUUGAAAAUCAAUCAUUGGAUGACCUAUUCUAUCAAUUUAAUGAAAGAUCAUCAUCAUUUCACUUUCAAACCUAUCAAUUGGUUCAAUAUGCAAUGGAGAGAUCAUUAGAAAUUAAUAAUCCAAAAUUUAAAUUUUUAUCACCACCACCACCCAAUGUUGUUAACAAUCAAGAAUAUAUUAGAUAUCUCCAAUGGUUAUAUAAGUUUCCUUAUAAUGAAGCCAUUAAAACUCAAGAUUAUGAAACAGUUUUUCAAAUUGAUUCCAUUGUUGAUAUUAAUUCAAUACCAUAUUUUUAUUUAGAAACUGCUAAUCAAAUUGUUAAAUUUUCAAAUUAUUUAGAAAAAACAAAUUUUACAAAAAUUGGUACCCCACAAAACUUCUUUAGAUAUGUUAAUCAUAUUACAAAAACUUCAAGUAGUUUAAGUGAAUCAUCUUCUUCAUCAUCUUCUUUAUCAUCGUCAUCUUCUUCAAAUGAUUAUUUAGAAAUUUUAAAAGUUAAAAUUAAUUUCAAUCAACAUAUUGAUGAAACAUUUAAAUGUUUGGUUAGAGCUAUAGAUUUUGGAUUCUCGCAUGUAUUUAAAUUAGUAUUCCAUAAUUCAUAUAAUUUAAUUGAAUCAAAUUUAGAAAAAUUCAAAGAGAAAUGGAAUGAAUUUAAAAAUAAUUAUCAUUUUAUAGUUUUUGAAAAUACAAGAUCCAAACCAAUUCUUUUUAAAUCAUCAUCAGCAAAUAUAAUUCCUCUUAUUGAAUGCAUUGAAAUUUUCAUUGAUCUUUAUAAAAGAAAUUAUACAUCAAGUAACAACAAUAGCGAACACUAUCUAUUGGUUUUAGAAGAUAUUAUAAACUUUAUGUUUAAAAGAUUAAUUUCAAAAGAUGGUAUAGUUAUUGAAAGGGUUAGAUAUAUUUAUAGAUUAAUUCAAAUUGCAAAUAUACCAAUUCAUCAUACUAUCUAUCAUUCAAUUCAUUAUUUAAAUAUUAAAUCACAAUACUUUACCAAAUAUUUAAUGGAAUUUCCAUUUAUUACUUCAGUUUUUAAUGAUCAACCAGUCAACGAUAAAAAGCAUUACUUUGAAGAUAAAGAUUAUAAAUUUGAUGGUUAUGAUAUUAGAAAAUAUUUAAAUCCAAACUAUUUUACAUUUAAUCUAAUAUUUGGCAAAGGAAUUUUUGGUAAUAGAGGAAUGAAUCAUAAUGAAUUAAUGGAUAGUUUAAUUGAAAGAAUUUCAAUUUUACCUUCAAAUACUUUAUCAUUAUUACCACCAUCUUCAAAAGCUUUGUUUUCAAAUUUGGUUUAUAAUAUUAAUGAUUCAUUAAAUUCAAACUUACUUUAUUUCCUUAAUAUUAAAAGAUAUGAUUUAUUUUUGAAACAUUUGGAAUUAAUUCAACAAUUAUUAAAUGAUUCUUCAAAUCAAACAGUUGGUUCAGUUAUUCAAUUAACUUUUUCAAAUAUUAGUAAUAAUAGUAGUAAUAGUAGUAGUAUUAGUGGUAGUAGUUAUAAUAAUUGUCCAUCUUGUAAAGAAUUGGAAAAUGGAAGAGUAUUUUAUUAUUCUUUAAAGGUUUUUGAAAAUACACUAAACUCCUCAAUGGAUUCUAAAUCAUUUGAAAAAUUCUUUAAAUUUUGUUCUUGUCAAUCAGUGGCAAAUUUAAUUGUUAACCAUAAAGUAUCAAAUCGAGAAUCAUUAUUAAAAAAUUUCAAUUUAAUUAAUCAUAUUUUAAUAUUUCACAACAACAAUAACAAAAAUAAUAAUAGUCAAGAAGAAAAAUCAAAUAUUCAAACUAAAAUUAAAGAUUUUUGGAAUAAAUCUCUUUUAAAUGCAAAUGAAAGUUUAAUUGUCAAAUAUCAAAGUUUAUUCACAAAUAUUGACAGUUUAUUAAAAUUAACCGAUUUAAAUUGUGUUGAUAAUCUCACAAAACGUUUAGAUUUAUCAAAUCAUUCCGUUAUUCCCUUUUGUGAAUUACUUUUAAAUAAUUUAUAUCCAAAUUUCAAAAUUGAAAGUGUUGUCACUAGAAAUAUUCAAUUACACACCAAAAUAACAAAAAUUCACAAAUUUGUUAAUUAUUUCAUUUCAAAAGGUUAUUUAAUUGAUAUUGAAAUUCCUAUUGGAUAUUGA